GAGGGGGUCGAGGACCAGCAGGAGGAGGAACACAUCAGCCGGAGGUCCGAGAACUCCCUGAUCUACCUCGAAGGCCUGCGGAUGAUGUAUGGAGGUGGCCACAUGCUGCUCAAGGACGCUAUCCUGGACCUUCGUCGAGGCCGAAGAUACGGCGUCGUCGGCCGAAACGGCGCUGGCAAGACUACGCUGAUGAGCACCAUCGCCGCGCGUGGAGUCUCUGGGAUGUCCGCAGAUGUGAAGACACUGCACGUGAAGCCGGAGGUCCUGGUAGAAGCCAGCGACCUCAAUGCCGUCCAGUUCUGCAGCAGGGAGCUCAAGCAUCAGGAGGUGCAUGACGACGACAUGCAGGCGGCUUUGUUGGAAGUGGGCUUCCCCAAGGAAAUGCAGACGAAGUCUGUGAAUGAGCUCUCCGGCGGCUGGCGCAUGAAGCUCCUGCUGGCUUCG